AUCGUCUUGAAAGACUUAUGAGAACAUCAGUAAUUUGACCUUUGGCAAAGCCCGUUUCAAUAGUCGUGAGUGCUGGACGUCUGUGAUCGUUCGCCGGUGUGGUUCCCGCCGCGGACUAUUGCUGCCGAUUGCUGCGUACUUCCCCGAGAUGGACUCAGCGAGAAAGCGGUCCGCAUCGUCAGCCAGCGGCAGCGGCGACCCACAGCCACCACCGAAGGCAGUGCGACCUGCCCGUGCUGCCGGAGCCAGGCCAAUGUGGUGCGUGCGAUGUUGGGCGCGACCGGCUGACGGCUGUACCGGAGACCACCGCAUCCUCUCCGUCAAAGGGGCUCAUCAAGAGGCUGCGGUGGCUCUUGCUGACACUCAGCGAGCGUUAAAGCUGUGCCAGACUCGUCUCGAUACCGUUUUGGGCGCUUGCGAGCCAAUCAUGCUGAUGGCUCAAAUCGAAUGGCAGGAGGAUUCUGAAAACUACUGUACCUUAGAAGGAGGAUGGUUGACUAUCAGAAUCUGCUCCAUUGACGGCGUACUCACAGAUGAAGAGAAAGAGGCCGUUACCGUGGCCUUGGAGGCUGGGGAGUUGGAGUGCGAAUGGUCUGAGCACGGCCCGGAGGACGGUGUGGUGGCUGCGCAUGGUAGUCUCGACAUAGCGCGCAUGGCUAAAGUGCUGCCGAAGCUACCCCGCUGCGUAGAAGGGCAGAAGCUGCACAUCGGCUCAAUUGUGUAUUUCUCGAAGGCCCAAGGCGACUUCUAUAUCUAUGACAAGGCUGCGUUCAUCAACAAAAGUGACUUGCGUCGUGGGGCCCGUAUACUCGGACGAGUGACGCAGGGAGUGGACGUGCUCCGUGUGUCCGCUAAUUUAGACUCCGACGAUUCGAUUUACCGCGAAAUGGACGUCAUUUAUGGGAAUCCUAUGACUACCCAGCUCAAGAGCGUGAAAUUUGUCGAGAGCAAGGCGCAUGCCUGACUUUCUGGCUUGAAUUUCUAGCACUGAACUUGCACAAUGGUUCCUGUUUCUGCGUGUUGUCCCAUGUAAACUUUCAUCUGUCCUACGUUUUUGACCUUUAAAGUGUGAUUUUGUUUUUGACUAAGGUGUGACUACAUGCCUAUUGCAUUACUUCUUGCUCCCCUUACCAUGUAGCUCUUAUUUUUGUGUCCAUACACGCUAAUUAGUAAUAAAAAUGCUGAUAUUUUCUGUUGCCUGAA